UCUCACCACACCUCUCUCUCCCCUUUGCUCCACAAAAUCUCCAUCCUCCUCCCAAUACUUUAUAGGGAAAAAAAAAACCAAAAAUGGAAGGAAAAUACGAAGGCGCAAUUGGUAUCGAUCUUGGUACAACCUACUCCUGUGUUGCCAUCUACGAGGGUAACGGCGUUGAAAUCAUUGCCAACGAGCAGGGUAACCGUGUUACACCUUCUUUUGUUGCCUUCUCCGAGAAGGAGCGGUUGAUUGGCGACGCUGCAAAGAAUCAGGCAGCCUUGAACCCCAGGAAUACUGUCUUUGAUGCCAAGCGGUUGAUUGGGCGUCGUUUCGAUGAGCCAAGUGUGAAGAAGGAUAUUCAGUCAUGGCCCUUCAAGGUCGUUGACCGUGAAGGGAACCCAUAUAUUGAGGUUGAGUAUCUUGGAGAGACGAAGCAAUUCUCGCCACAGGAAAUUUCAUCCAUGGUUUUGACCAAGAUGAAGGAGAUUGCCGAGGCCAAGCUUGGACAGGCCGUAGAGAAGGCCGUUAUCACUGUUCCUGCUUACUUCAAUGACAACCAGCGUCAGGCUACCAAGGAUGCUGGCGCUAUUUCUGGCAUGAAUGUUCUCCGUAUCAUCAAUGAGCCUACCGCUGCCGCUAUUGCUUACGGGUUGGGCGCUGGAAAGUCUGAUAAGGAGAGACACGUUCUCAUUUUUGAUCUCGGUGGUGGUACUUUCGACGUUUCUCUUCUUCACAUUCAAGGUGGUGUCUUUACUGACUUUGAUACUGCUCUCUUGGACCAUUUUAAAGCCGAGUUCAAGAGGAAGACCCAACUUGACAUCUCCGAUGAUCCUCGCGCUCUUCGUCGUCUUAGAUCUGCCUGCGAGCGUGCCAAGCGUACUCUAUCCUCUGUUACUCAGACCACUGUCGAGAUCGAUUCGCUCUCUGGUGGUCAGGACUUCAACACCUCUAUUACUCGUGCCCGUUUCGAGGAUAUCAAUGCUUCUCUGUUCAAGAGCACCAUCGCACCUGUAGAGCAGGUCCUUAAGGACUCUGGUCUCGCUAAGUCUGCUGUCGAUGAGGUCGUCUUGGUGGGAGGUUCUACCCGCAUCCCUAAGAUCCAGAAGCUGUUGAGCGACCUCUUCAAUGGCAAAAAGUUAGAGAAGGGUAUCAACCCCGACGAGGCUGUUGCCUAUGGCGCCGCCGUUCAGGCCGGUAUUCUUUCCGGCAAGGCUACCUCUGAUGAGACAGCCGAUUUGCUCCUGCUUGAUGUUGUUCCUCUCUCUUUGGGUGUCGCUAUGGAGGGUAACAUCUUCGCCCCUGUUGUUCCUCGUGGUCAAACUGUCCCGACUAUCAAGAAGAGGACUUUCACCACUGUCGCCGACAACCAGACCACUGUCCAGUUUCCCGUCUUCCAAGGUGAGCGUGUUAACUGCGAGGACAACACCUCUCUUGGAGAGUUCACUCUUGCUCCAAUUCCUCCAAUGAAGGCUGGCGAUGCUGUUCUGGAGGUCAUCUUUGAGGUCGAUGUCAAUGGUAUCCUCAAGGUUACCGCUAUCGAGAAGUCAACUGGUAGAAGCGCAAACAUUACUAUCUCCAACUCGGUCGGAAAACUUUCUUCAACCGAGAUUGAGAAGAUGGUUCAGGAUGCGGAGAAGUUCAAGUCUACUGAUGAUGCCUAUUCCAAGAAGUUUGAGGCUAGGCAACAACUUGAAUCUUACAUCUCACGAGUUGAGGAGAUUGUUAGCGAUCCGACAAUGAGCUUGAAAUUGAAGAGGGGUGCUCGGGAAAAGAUCGAGUCUUCUCUCAGUGAUGCCAUGGCUCAACUUGAGGUUGAAGAUGCCAGUGCCGAUGACUUGAAGAAGAAGGAGCUUGCCCUCAAGAGGACUGUCACAAAAGCCAUGUCAACUCGCUAAUUAUUAUUUUCUCACAUUCCAUCUAUUUCUUUUGUUCUCUUAUUCCCUUAGUUCAACUAUUGGUUUUGUUUUAGUCCCCAAAAGUUUACGGCAGCUUCCUUUUUUCCGUGGGGUUUUGUCUUUUGGCUACUGGGUUGAUCUAUGGUGGUCGGGCUCAGAUAAUUGUGUCCUAACGAGUGCUACGGUAUGGUAGUUAGGGAAUCUGCACAUAGAACAAAAUUAUGAUUGCCUUCUCUUUUCCUUCUUUAUGAAAAACUGUAGAAUUAGAGACUCCAGCAGCGGGGUAUAUAGUUGACAUCUCUUC